AUGAGCUUGAAGUUGUCGAUUCAAAGUGCAAUUUUAUUGGGAACACAAUUUCUCCUGGCUCAUGCUCAACAACAAACAAACUUCCUCCAGCCUGGAACUCCGACCAAAGAAGAUGAAGGAAAAGAAUUCGAAGAAAUUUCCCCCUUCAGAAGAUUUCUGCACAAAUUUGGCGUCGACACAAAUCCAGCUGGCGUGGUGAUUGGAUUCUUGUUUCUCUGCGGUGCUGGUGGUGGCGGAUACUAUAUUUACAAAGAGAAGCAAAAAGAACGAGUCUCAGGAGCAAAAGAAGACGAUGCUUAA